AUGGCACCAAGACAAUCCAAGACGGCUAAGAGAAAUAAAACUCAAAACAAAACGAGGGAAAAUGAAUCGGAUAUCGUAUCUGACUCAGCAGCAAGAAAUCUUCUCGCUGAUCAACCAAAAUUGACUCCCAAGUCAAAAGUUAAGAAGCUAUCGAAAUUACAGGUGAAAAAACAACAAGCAAAGAUAAGGCUAUAUGGUGCCAAGAAUGGUAAAGAGUAUAAAGAAGAACAGUUGGAUAUACCGGUGUUGAAUAGGGCUAUAGUACCCGGGGUAAAAGUAAAGAAGGGUAAGAAGGGAAAGAAAUUUGUAGAUGACCAUGACACAUUGACCUUGACUAGAUUGGUAAAGAGCAUAAAUGACAAAAAUGAUCUUGUCAAUGAAAGUAAAUUGGAAAAGUCCAAGAGAUUGGAAGAAAUACGAGAGCUAAAAAGACAAGAAAUUGAAAGAAAGGAACAGCAAAAGAAAGACAAAUUGGAUGGAAAGAAAGAUGAAUUGAGAAACAAGGCAUCGAUUGCCCGAUCUACUAGAAGAAAGAACGCAAAAGCUAGAAAAGCGGAAGGAGAGAACGAAGAGACCAAACCAACGAAGAAAAAAGUGAGUUUUGCUUAA